CGAAGUCACUCACGCAACUUCUUCCAAAGCACCAAGGCCGUCUCCGCCAUGUUGACUCGCUUCUCCCGACGUCUGUGUCUUCAAUCCGCUAUCGCCUCGCGGGCCUUGAGCUCGGCUGCGUCGUCUUCCCCGCUGAAGGUGUUGGUCAUCGAUGGCUACUCUCCCGAAGGCCGCGCCGAUCUUGAAGCUGGAGGCGCUAGCACUGCCGGCAAGUUGUACAUCGACCUGCUCAACAAAUCGGCGCCUGCUGGUGUGGAAGUCGCGUCGGAUGUGGUAUACCCCGCGGACAGCGACUUCCAGACCCCUGAAUUAUCCAAGGUGAGCUGCAAAGCUUUAGUUAGCUAGAGAUGCAACAACAAUUGACUGCUCUUCCGACGUUGACAGUAUCACGCAGUGGCGUGGACGGGCUGCUCACUGACGAUCCACGACGCCGAAGAUGUGCGUGUUACGAAGCAGAUUGACUUUGCCAAGAAAGUCUUCGAGGAAGGAAUUCCGCAGUACGGUAGCUGCUGGGCGGCUCAGAUUGCGGUGGCUGCUGCUGGAGGUCACUGUGGGCCGAAUCCUCGUGGCCGUGAGAUGGGCAUUGCUCGCAAGAUCGAGUUGUCUCCGGAGGGCCGCGCACACCCGAUGUUCGAGGGAAAGCCGUCGGUCUUCGACGCGUUCACGAGUCACAACGACGAAGUGACCCACAUGCCUCCUGGAGGACUUAAUCUGGGUGGCAAUGACUUCACAACAGUGCAGGCUGUGGCAGUACGUCACAAGAAGGGCGACUUUUGGGCUGUGCAGUAUCACCCGGAGUACGACCUGCACGAGCUUGCCCGCCUUACGUACUGCCGCCGAGCUAAGCUCGUGGGUUUGGGAUUCUUUGCGGAUAUGAAGAGCGCCGACCAGUACGUCGACGACCUGGAGAACCUGCACACUGACCCGUCCCGCUAUGAUAUUGCAUGGCGCCAUGGCCUAGACGCCGACGUCAUGGACGAGAACAUCCGUCACUGUGAGACGCGCAACUUCAUCAAGUACCUCGCGCUCCCUUACAAGGCGGCGAUUGAAGCCAAGUAAACAGAGUUCGGUAAAGAGAUCACAGGUGUCAACAGAUAAUGAAACCAAUAGAAGGUGAGCUUCAUGAUUUAGUCUGGGGUUACAUUUGUCACC